GCAUUUCCAGAGAGAGACACACCACAUAGGACUGAAAAUGGUUAGUCUAAGGGGAUUCACGACAGAUUUCAGAAACCACGAGGAACAGAAUGGCCCCAGAGAAUCCCCAGCCAGACCCUUUCAUCAAUAGGAAUUAUUCCAACAUCAAGGUGAUACCACCACAGGACCCAGCUCGUCCCAGUUUCACUCUGUUAUCCAAGCUGGAGUGCAGUGGCACAGUCUCGGCUUACUGCAGCCUCAACCUCCCAGGUUCAACUGAUCCUCCCACCUCAGCCUCCCGAGUAGCUGGGACUACAGCAAUACGGAGAAGGCAUAAAGAACGUACUUCUUUCACCCGCCAACAGUGUGAAGAGCUAGAAGCUCUGUUUAGCCAGACCAUGUUCCCAGAUAGAAAUCUUCAGGAGAAACUAGCUUUGAGACUCGACCUACCGGAGUCAACAGUAAAGGUUUGGUUCAGGAACCGGCGAUUCAAAUUGAAGAAGCAGCAGCAGCAGCAGCAGCAGCAAUCAGCAAAGCAACGAAACCAGAUCCUUCCAUCCAAGAAGAAUGUGCCCACCUCCCCCAGAACAUCCCCCAGUCCUUAUGCUUUUUCUCCUGUGAUUUCAGAUUUCUACAGCUCCCUUCCAUCUCAGCCCUUAGACCCUUCCCAUUGGGCAUGGAACUCUACCUUCACUGAGAGUUCUACCAGUGACUUCCAAAUGCAAGAUACUCAGUGGGAGAGGCUGGUGGCCUCGGUUCCUGCUUUGUACUCUGAUGCCUAUGACAUAUUCCAAAUCAUAGAACUGUACAGUCUUCCUGAUGAGAAUGAGACAUCCAGCUCUUCUUUCCACUGUCUGUAUCAGUAUCUCUCACCCACAAAGUACCAGGUAGGAGGACAGGGUUCCUCUCUCAGCAUCUUUGCUGGUCCAGCUGUAGGCCUAUUUCCUGCACAAACCUGGCCCAAUAUGACAAGCCAAGGCUUUGAAGCCUACAGUCUAACAGAUAGCCUGGAAUUCCAGAAAACCUCCAAUGUGGUAGACUUGGGAUUUCUCUGACCAGAGUACUAAUAAAUAUAGAUCAUUUAGAAAAGUGGUCUUCUUGCCUCUUGUACAUGACUGUUUUUUUCCUUUGUCUCAUUUUAACCCAAACAUCUGGGUCUGUGUCUCUGAUUUCCAUGUAAAUGUUGCAAAAAGAGUUUUCCAAGUAGAGCUGGGCACUACGUAAUCAGCCCCACAAGUCUCCCUGAGAAGCCUGCCUAGUCCCUUUCAUGGCCAAUGAGACUCCAAAAUUCCCUUCCCGAAACUAUCUUGGAUUUUCUAAAAGUAGGACAGUGGUUUUGGGGGUUAUCCACUUUUAUUUUUUUGAAACUAGCUCUCAUUCUGUCGCCCAGGCUGGAAUACAGUGGUACAAUCACGGCUCACAAAAGCCUUGACCUCCUGGGCUCAGGUGAUCCUCCCACCUCAGCCUCCUGAGUAGCUAGGACUACAGAUGCCCGCCACCACACCUGGCUAAUUUUUUUUUUUUUUUUUUUUGAGACAGAAUCUCGCACUGUCACCCAGGGUGGAGUGCAGUGGUGGGAUCUCGGCUCACUGCAACCUCCACCUCCUGGGGUUCAAGUGAUUCUCCUGUGUCAGCCUCCUGAGUAGCUGGGAUUAUAGGCAUGUGCCACCAUGCCUGGCUAACUUCUGUAUUUUUAGUAGAGACGGAGUUUCACCACGUUGCCCAGGCUGGUCUUGAACUCCUGACCUCCAAUGAUCCGCCUGCCUUGACCUCCCAAAGUGCUGGGAUUACAGACAUGAGCCACCGAGCCUGGCCAAUUUUUGUGUUUUUUAUAGAGACGAGGUUUUGCCAUGUUGCCCAGGCUGGUCUCCAACUCCUGGACUUAACGCCAUCCACCUGCCACAGCCUCCGAAAGUGCUAGGAAUACAGGAGUGCACCAUCGCACCCGGCUGGGUUAUCUAGUUUAAAAACACUUUUUUUCAAGGAAACCGAAGAAACCAUCAUCCACUUUUCUCUCUGUAUCAUUCCGAUUUUAGUAUAUGUGUUGCGGAAGUGAGUACACUAUCAUCCACUUUUAAUGACAGAAAGUUAUAAACUUACAUUUUGUUUCCAAUUUUUCAUUUUUUGUUUGUUGUUUGUUUUUUGUAGACAGCACUCUGUCACCCAGGCUGGAGUGCAGUGGCACCAUCUUGGCUGACUGCAGCCUCUGCCUCCUGGGCUCAAACAAUCCUCCCACCUCAGCCUUCUGAGUAGCUGAGACUACAGACAUGCACCACCAUGUCUGGCUAAUUCUUGUAUUUUUAGUGGAGAUGGGGUUUCACCUUGUUGCCCAGGCUGAAUUUGGGGUUUUUAAAAAUGGGACUUUCAGUCCUAAUUUGAGGGGAAAUUACUGUCACCACUAGUUUUAAUAUAGUACAAUGAAAAAAUAAUAUAUAUAUAUAGUACAAUGGUCCAGACAUAAUAAGAGGUGUAAAAACUAGCACAGGAAGAAAUAAAAACAGAUUUUUGAAGGUGAGAUGAUAAACUUGCAAAACUCACAAAAUAAAGAGUCAAACUUUUAGAAUGACAAGUUAGCAUAUUUUCCAGCCACAUGAUUAACCUACAAAAUUAAUACCAUUUCUGAAUACCAGUAAUAAAGAAACAUAAGGGCCGGGGGUGGUGGCUCACGCCUGUAAUCCCAGCACUUUGGGAGGCCGAGGUGGGCAGAUCACGAGGUCAGGAGAUUGAGACCAGCCUGACUAACAUGGUGAAAUCCCGUCUCUACUAAAAAUACAAAAAAAAAAAAAAAAAAGCCAGGCAUGGUGGCACACACCUGUAAUCCCAGCUACUCGGGAGGCUGAGGAAGGAGAAUUGCUUGAACCCGGGAGGUGGAGGUUGCAGUGAGCUGAGAUCACACCACUGCACUCCAGCCUGGACAACAGAGCAAGACUCUGUCUCAAAAAUAAAAAUAAAAAAUAAAAAAUAGAAGAAACAUAAGUACCUCUCAAUGAAAAAUGUAAAAGUACCUAGAAAUUCACAAAGAAAAUUAAUACCUCCGUGGAGAAAACUUCAAAACUUAAAAAAGGACAUAGAAAAUGUUUUGAAUAGGCCAGGCGCAGUGGCUCACACCUGUAAUCCCAGCACGUUGGGAGGCCAAGACGGGCAGAUCACGAGGUCAAGAGAUCGAGACCAUCCUGGCCAACAUGGUGAAAUCCUGUCUCUACUAAAAAUACAAAAAAAAAAAAAAAAAAAUUAGCUGGGCAUGGUGGCACGCACCUGUAGUCCCAGCUACUUGGGAGGCUGAGGCAGGAGAAUCACAAGGAUUGCAACUAUGCAGUGGGUUCUCCAAACAUGAUGGAACAAAAUUAGAAAUCAAUAAAAUUUGGGAAAUUCACAAAUAUGUGGAUAUUAAACAACACAUUCCUAAAUAACCAGUGGUUAAAGAGGUAAUCACAGUCUGAGCAACAUGGCAAAACCCUGUGUCUACAAAAAAUAAAAAAUUAGCUGGGCAUGACGGCCAGAGCCCAUGGUCCCAGCUACUUGGGAGGCUAAGGUAAGAGCAUCCCUUGAGCCACAGAGGUCGAGGCUGCAGUGAGCUGUGACUGUGCCACUGCACUCCAGCUUGAGCAACACAGUGAUACUGUCUCAAUAAAUAAAUAAAUAGAAGAAAUCAUGAGUAAAAUUGGAACUUUUAACUGAAAAAAACAAAAGCUCAACAAAACAAAACAUGGGAUGAAGCUAAAUCAAUGCUUAGAAGGAAAUUUAUAGCUUCAAAUACUUAUAUAUAUUUUUUAAAAGUCUCAGAUCAAUAGCUUUACAUAGGAAGGAAGUGGCAUAGUUUUAUUAAUAUCUGUCAAAUUAAACUUUAAGGCAAAACUUUUUUAUUGAGAUGGAGUCUUGCUCUGUCACCCAGGCUGUGCAAUCUCGGCUCACUGUAACCUCCGCCUCCCGGGUUCAAACGAUUCUCCUGCUUUAGCCUCCCAAGUAGCUGGGACUACAGGUGUACGCCACCACACCCAGCUAAUUUUUGUAUUUUUAGUAGAGACAGGUUUUGCCAUGUUGCCCAGGCUGGCCUCAAACUCCUGAGCUCAAGUGAUCCUCCCGUCUCAGCCUCCCAAAGGGCUGAGGUUACAGGUGUGAGCUACCUCACCUGGCCAAAACAGUUUUUUUUAGAAAUGAAGUAUAUUAGACAACAACAAAAGGAACAACUAACCUGAAAUAUAUAAUAACUUUGAACUUAAAUAUACUUAACAACAUAUACCAAAAAUAUAUGAGGCAAAUUUUAACAAAAAUUAAAAUUCUUAAGAAAACUUCACCAAUACAUAGUCAUAAUGUGGUAUAUUCAUACAACAUUCUCAAUAAUUGAUAAUAACAGUCCAAAGAAAGCAGAAAGAAGGAAAGCCUAGAACAAAAAUAAAUGAAAUAGAGAAUAGAAAAGCAAUACAGAAAAAAAUUAUGAAAUCAAAAGCUGGUUCUUUGUAAAGAUCUACAAAAUGGCAAACAUUUAGCUAGAUUGACCACCCCCUCAAAUGACUCAAAUUACUAGAAUCAGAAAGAAAAGUCAAGAUUUUAUUACCAAACUUAUAGAAAUAAAAAUUAUUAGAAAGAAAUACUAUGAACAAUUGAAUGCCAACAAAUUAGAUAACUUAAAUGAAAUGGACAAAUUCCUAGGAAGACACAGAAUACCAAAUCUGACUCCACAAGAAAUAGAUGUUGUGAAUAGAGCUUGCUGUGGUAUAAAUGUGUCCCCCACAGCUCAUGCGUUGGAAACUUAAUCCCCAAAGCAACAGCUUUGAGAGGUGAGACCUUUAAGGGUUACUAGGCAGAGCCCCCACGAAUGGAUUAAUGCCAUUAUUGUGGGAGUGGGUUAGUUAUCUCAGAAGUGGGUUCCUGAUAAAAGGAUGAGUUCGCCUUCUUCUUCCCCAAAAUCUUUAUCCCCACCCCCACCUCUAUCUUUCUCUCUCUCUCUUACCUCUUCCUCUCCCUUCCUUCUGCCAUGGGAGGAUGAAACAUGAAGGCCCUGGCCAGGUGUGGCCCCUCCAUCUUCCGUCUGAGACUGGAAGACUUCCCAUCCUUCAGAACUGUAAGAAAUAAAUCUCUCUUCAUA